GCCCUGGGGCCACUGAGGUGGAAAACAGUGGGGAAUUCUGGGGGAAAACAGUGCAAAAGAUCCUGGGGGAGGAUACUGGCACCUUGGACUUAAAGCGCCAGAACUUCCGAGAGUUCUGCUACUGGGAGGUUGAGAGACCCCGUGAGGCCUACACCCGACUUCAGGCCCUCUGCUGUCAGUGGCUGAAACCAGAGCAACACACAAAGAAUCAGAUCCUGGACCAGGUGAUCUUGGAACAGUUCCUGGCCAUCCUGCCCCCGGAGAUGGAGAACUGGGUCAGAGAAUGUAGGCCGGAGACCAGCUCUCAAGCGGUGGCCCUGGCAGAAGGUUUCCUCCUGAGUCAGGACAAGAGCCUGGAACAGCAGGUAACUGAACUGUUCGCAGAAGGGACAACUGAUUUCUAUGAAGCGGAGAUGGCUCCAUCGGGCAUCAGAGAGAUUCCACCCUCCAUGGAUAUCAAGCAGGAGGGAGACAGAGUUUCCGCUUCACGGGGUGAAAGCAGGAUGUUGCCACAACAUUCAAGGUCUUCUUCUUUAUGUAACCAGGGCCUGGUGACCUUCGAGGAGGUUCACGUGUAUUUCACUGAGGAGGAGUGGGGCCUGCUGGAUCCAAACCAAAGAGCCUUGUACAUCGAGGUCAUGCUGGAGAAUUGUGGGAACGUGGCCUCUCUGGCCAGUACUGGAUGGGAGCCCAAAAAUGUGGGAGAAUCAUACCGUGUGAUAUCAGGAGGAGCCAGAUAUAUAGAAAGAGGAGAGCAGGGAUGGAAAAUGGAAUCGAAAGAACGAGGGAAUGAGACAUCGGCAUCUCAGAGCGGUGACUUUUGUGAGAUCCAGAGCCCAGAAAAAACAGACAAAGGAAAGGAAAAGACGCAGUGCCCUGAGUGUGGGAAAAUAUUCAGUUCAAAGUCAAACCUUAAUACUCACUGGAAAAUCCACACAGGUGAGAAACCAUUUAAAUGCUUGGAAUGUGGGAAAAGCUUUUGCCAAAAGGAAAAACUUAUCAGACAUGAAAGAAUCCACACAGGAGAGAAGCCAUACAGUUGCUUGGAGUGUGGGAAGAGUUUCAUUCAGAGAAUAGAUCUUACUACUCAUCAGAGAAUCCAUACUGGGGAGAAACCAUAUAAAUGCUUAGUCUGUGGAAAGAGCUUCAGGCAAAGCUCAAGUCUUGCUUCACAUCAAAAAAUUCAUACCGGGGAAAAACCAUAUAAGUGUCUAGACUGCGGAAAGACUUUCACGCUGAAUUAUAGUCUUACAGUGCAUCAAAGAACUCACACAGGAGAGAAACCAUAUGAAUGUCUGGAUUGUGGGAAGAGCUUCAGUCAAAGCAUACACCUUACUUCUCAUCAAAGGAUUCAUACCGGGGAGAAACCAUACAAAUGCCUGGAUUGUGGGAAGAGAUUCAUUCGAAGCACCCACCUGACUUCACAUCGAAUAAUCCACACAGGAGAGAAACCGUUUAAAUGCACAGAGUGUGGAAAGAGCUUUAGCCGAAGCACACACCUGAUUAGACAUCAAAGAAUUCACACAGGAGAGAAACCGUAUAAAUGCUUAGAGUGCGGCAAAGGCUUUAGCCGGAAUACAGACCUCAGUUCACAUCAAAAAAUCCACACUGGGGAGAAACCAUAUAAAUGCUGGGAGUGUGGAGGUUUUCAUAAGAACACGGACCUCACAUUGCACCACAGAGUGCACACAAGCGAGAAGCCUUUCCAGUGCCUGGAAUGUGGAAAGAGCUACAGUUCUAAGUCUAACCUUAAGACUCACUCGAAGAUCCAUACAGGGGAGAAGCCAUUUAAAUGCCUGGAGUGUGGGAAGAGGUUCACCUUGAAGUACAGCCUGGUGGUACAUCAGAGAACCCACACGGGCGAGAAACCAUACGAAUGCACAGAGUGUGGGAAGAGCUUCAGUCAGAGCGCAGACCUCCUCAGGCACCAAAGGAUCCACACCGGAGAGAAACCGUAUAAAUGCUUGGAGUGUGGAAAGAGCUUCAGUCGGAAUACAUACCUUAGUGCCCACCAAAGAAUCCACACUGGGGAGAAACCAUAUAAAUGCCGGGAGCGUGGGAGGACCUUCCAGAAGAACGUGGACUUUACUUCGCACCACAGAGGUCACACAGGCAAGAAACCUUACAAAUGCCUGGAGUGUGGAAAGUGCUAUAGAUGGAAAUCAAGCUUCGCUUCUCAUCAAAGAAGUCACACAACGGAGAGACAAUAUAGUUGGUCUGAGUACGGCAUGAGCUUUUGUGAGGAAUCAGUCCUUCAAAAAGCGUCUGAGGCCCUGACUUGGAUAGCACAGGCAAGCCCCAUCUCUUGAGAACUUGGAAGCUAAGCAGAGG